GUGAAGACUCAGAUGUAGAGCGCUUAGAUCCGAAGAAAACUGAUCCCGAAUACUUUGAAUUUGAAUGCCUCACGGUGGAGGAAGUGGAAAAAUUGCUAAAUGAAUCAGUAGAAAAGCUUAACACGAUCCUACACAUUACUCCGUCACUAGCGAAAGUGCUGCUGCUUGAACACGAAUGGGACAAUCAAGUUGUGGUUGAUAAAUAUCGAGAAGAUGCCAAUGCUCUGCUUAUAACUGCUCGUAUUAAACCGCCUAAUCCAACGCUUAGUCUACCUGACCCAACAGCACCAUCCACCAGCAAAGAUGCAAUCGCCUACAGUAAUAAUAGUGGUAUUGGCGACCAGCCACGCAGCUCAUUGAUUCCAGUAGGUGUAUAUAACGCAUCGACGCCUGGUGGUGGUCCCACGUCGUAUCGCAGUCAAAUGUGCCCAGUAUGUGCCAGUUCACAACUGGGUGACAAAUUCUUUAGCCUUGCUUGUAGUCAUGCUUUCUGCAAAGACUGUUGGUCAAUGUUUUUUGAUACUCAAAUCUUCCAAGGAAUUUCCACACAAAUCGGCUGCAUGGCUCCAAUGUGUAAUGUGCGUGUUCCUGAAGAUUUGGUGUUAACCCUAGUGACACGCCCCGUAAUGCGCGACAAGUACCAACAGUUCGCCUUUAAGGACUAUGUUAAGUCCCAUCCCCAGUUGCGUUUCUGUCCCGGACCAAAUUGCCAAAUUAUAGUACGUUCACCGGAAAUCUGUGCAAAGCGCGUCAUAUGCACUUCUUGCCAUACGUCAUUUUGUUUCAGGUGUGGUAUGGACUACCACGCGCCCACUGACUGUUUAGUCAUCAAAAAAUGGCUAACGAAAUGUGCCGACGAUAGUGAAACAGCCAAUUACAUUAGCGCUAACACAAAAGACUGCCCAAAAUGCCACAUCUGUAUUGAAAAAAAUGGAGGCUGUAAUCAUAUGCAAUGCUUUAACUGCAAGCAUGACUUUUGCUGGAUGUGUCUAGGUGAUUGGAAGACGCAUGGAUCCGAAUACUAUGAGUGUUCUCGCUAUAAGGAUAAUCCGAACAUUGCCAACGAAUCGGUGCAUGUACAAGCUCGGGAAGCUCUGAAAAAGUAUUUGCACUACUAUGAACGCUGGGAGAACCACUCGAAAUCGUUACAAUUGGAACAACAAACCAUUGAUCGACUGCGUGAGCGAAUCAACGAGAAAGUAAUGAAAGGACGGGGUACAUGGAUCGAUUGGCAGUAUUUGUUCAACGCUGCAGCCUUGUUAGCGAAAUGUCGGUAUACGCUGCAGUAUACAUAUCCAUAUGCAUACUUUAUGGAAAGCGGUUCACGAAAGGAUCUUUUCGAGUAUCAGCAAGCACAACUUGAGGCGGAAAUUGAAAAUCUUUCAUGGAAGAUCGAACGUGCAGAAACAACUGAUUUAGGUGACUUGGAAAAUCAAAUGGAUAUUGCUGAAAAGCGUCGAACCACGCUGCUCAAAGACUUCUUCCCAAUCGAUGUUUGAGUGCCAAAUAAAUGACUGCGGCAAAAGAGAGGAACUAUUUUUCAUUUAAGUCUACAGUCAUUAAUCCAUAGUCGAUAGUGGGUGGAACUAACUGGCUGCUAAAACGAAUGGAUAAACUGCAAUAUAAACGCAAUGCGCUAAACAUAUUAUAACUUGUUUAAUACACACACACCUACAUAGAAGUACAUAUAUAAGCAUAUAGUUAUUGAGAGCAUAAAGCUUACCUACUAUAUAGCAAGAUAUAUUACAAAAUUUAAAUGUAAAAACAUUUGCAUACAUACCUACAUAUGUACAUAUGUACAUACAUAAUGAUUUUGGGAAAUAAGCAUUGAAAGAGGUGAGAUUUGUUAAAUAUGAACGUAAUUCAUGACAAAAGCACUUUCUAAGCGCAUUUACGUUACAACUAAGUGAUAGGUUUUAAAAUAUUUGCGAUUAGUAGGACAAUUUUUAACCUAUGACUUAGGACAAAAAUGUUUAUUAUAAAAACGGCAAUGUAAACUUAACAAAUGUAGACCUGUUAGCUAAGAAUUAGCUUAUCAAAUUAUGAAUUUAACAAAACAAAAAUAUAAGAAGUCAAUAAUCGAACCCAGGAUGCCGAUUCAAUUAUAGACUAACUAGAGAGAAUUCAAACGCACCUUUGUAGGUUCAACGAAACAAUAUAUGUAACUACUAUAUAUUGUGAAGGAAUUGCAGUUUCGGGUGGAUUUGCAAAAUAAUUACACUUACAUGACGUGUUAUAAAACUUUUCAUGUUAUUGAGGAGUGACUCGCAGUUUUCAUCAGAUUUUAGACGCAUAAUUCUAUCUCAGAAAUUGUCUAUCCAUAUAAA